AUGGCGGCGUCUCUAGGACAGGUGCUGGCCUUGGUGUUGGUGGCAGCUCUGUGGGGUGGCACGCAGCCGCUGCUGAAGCGGGCCUCCGCCGGCCUGCAGCAGGUUCAUGAGCGUACCUGGGUCCAGCAAUUGCUGCAGGAGAUGAAGACCCUCUUCUUGAAUACUGAGUACCUGAUGCCCUUUCUCUUUAACCAGUGUGGCUCCCUUCUCUACUACUUCACCUUGGCAUCCACAGAUCUAACCCUAGCUGUGCCCAUCUGUAACUCUCUGGCCAUCGUCUUCACACUGAUUGUUGGAAAGAUACUUGGAGAAGAUAUUGGUGGAACACGAGCAGUCGUAGGCAUGGUGCUCACCGUGACAGGAAUUGCACUCUGCAUCACAAGCUCAGUGAGCAAGACCCAGGGGCAUCCAUCUGUCCUUUGA